GUUGCUGUCACUUGGCUUCCCUCGCCCCGCGCUGUUUUCACGAAUUUUCACCGUCACUCCCGCACUCCGUGUACCUGACUUUUACUUAAGUACAAGUGCAAAUCGUAAGCCUUUCGAUCGGAAGGAAAAUAUCCGCAGAAUACCCGCGGAGCCCACGGUGGGAAGAUUUAGUGUGUACAAGUGAAUCCACUCUGACAAGCAGAACCGCGUACUUUUAUACUUGAUAGAACAGUCGCUAGAUAAUACCAUGGAUAAUGUUUACCAAGAAGAAAAAGAAACCGCAGAUCUCCACGCCAACCAACUUCGAGCACAGAGUGCAUACUGGAUUCGACAAACGUGAAGGCAAAUUCGUCGGACUGCCGCUGCAAUGGGCUUCCAUAGUUGGGAAUAACCAGAUUCUGAAGUCGACCAACAGACCACUGCCCCUGGUCGAUCCAAGCGAGAUCACGCCUACCGAGAUCCUCGACUUGAAGACCAUUGUAAGAGGCCACAAUGAUCCUAGGAUAAAUAGACCACUUGCCGAUAGAACAGUAGAGAAUGGCCUGCCUAAGACCAGUACAGUCGCCCGUUCCAAUUCUCUACGUUCUUCGAGUCCACCGCGACUCAGGAGAGAUUACAGGCAUAAUCUCCCGCCAUCUGUCCCUGAAGGUCAAGAGAUACCUUCAAACAUUAAUCAGGGCUUUACAAACUUUGGCAAGCCGCAUAAUUACAUCGAUAAACUCAGACAAAAUUCCCCGAACGUUGGCGGCGGACUGAAUUCCAGCAUGCAGAACAUGAUCCCAAAUCUUCAAAAUCUCAAUCCUAAUAUGCAAUCUUCGCCAAAUUUAACUCACUCGGGAUCAAAUGUACCAAAUUUAUCCUUAAAUUUCCAAAACUUAAGCCCAAUUGUAAAUUCACAAGCUCCAGUACAAAGUCCAAAUACCCCGCAACUUCUUGAUACAGAAUUUCAUAGACUAAAUUCGCAAAUGGCCAUGACGUCAGGUCAAUAUAAUGGCAAUGUACAGGGUUCAACUAUGGACGCAUCGAGGGAACAUCAAGUUGGCCAAAACGUCUUAUUACACAAGCUGCAGCCAAAAAUUUCACCUGUGGGUUCAAUAGCGUCGCAACGACCUCUGAGUCAAUUGAGUUCACAUAAUAUUAAUAAAUAUUCUCAGGCAUACAUGUCUGAGAAUCCAUCUAAUCUCCAAUCGCAUUUAAAGAAACCGAUGGAAACUUCCCAAUCGAUGCAUAAUUUAUCAAAACCAAACAUGCCGUCCGCAGUAUCAGGAACCAGUUCUACUCCAGACCAAAAUCAAAAUAUGAAAAGUGCCGUCUCCUCAGGAAACUUAGCAGUUAGUGCAAGUUCAAACAAUACCAAUAAACAAGCGGAGCAGAGACUUACGCAUGAACAGUUCCGGGCUGCUUUACAGAUGGUGGUAAGUCAAGGUGAUCCAAGAGAAAAUUUGGAGAAUUUCCUGAAGAUUGGCGAAGGCAGCACAGGAACUGUAUGCAUAGCUACGGAUAAGAGUACAAAUCGUCAGGUUGCGGUCAAAAAAAUGGAUUUAAGGAAACAGCAAAGGCGCGAAUUACUUUUUAACGAAGUUGUUAUUAUGAGGGAUUACCAUCAUCCAAAUAUAGUCGAGAUGUAUAAUAGUUUCUUGGUAGACGAUGAAUUAUGGGUAGUUAUGGAGUAUCUAGAGGGAGGUGCGCUAACCGAUAUCGUAACACAUUCAAGAAUGGAUGAAAGUCAGAUAGCUACAGUGUGUUCUCAGUGUCUUAAGCCAUUGGCGUAUUUACAUUCGCAAGGUGUUAUACACAGGGAUAUUAAAUCUGAUUCAAUAUUACUUACGGCGGAUGGUAGAGUAAAACUAUCAGAUUUUGGUUUCUGUGCUCAAGUCUCUCAAGAAUUACCAAAGCGAAAGUCUCUUGUAGGAACCCCAUACUGGAUGAGUCCCGAAGUUAUUUCAAGGUUGCCAUAUGGACCUGAAGUGGAUAUCUGGUCGUUAGGAAUAAUGAUCAUUGAAAUGAUCGAUGGUGAACCACCAUUUUUCAAUGAACCACCUCUGCAAGCUAUGAGACGUAUUAGGGAUAUGCCACCACCAAAACUAAAAAAUUUUCAUAAAGUUAGUCCACGUCUUCAAGGUUUCCUUGAGCGAAUGCUCGUACGUGAUCCAGCGCAACGCGCCACGGCAGCUGAAUUAUUACAACAUCCAUUCCUUAGGCAGGCUCAAAGUCCUGGUAUCUUGAUUCCAUUAAUGAGAGGCGCCAGACAUACAAAUUGUUGACGAGGUUACAUUUUGUAAACUAGAAUGUUAGUCAAGACAGAUAUUUCAUUACCAGAAUGAUCAUAUCCUCGACAAUGUCAUGUUGAAUUUCUUAUUCGCUAAGGGCAGCUUUUUGGCAAUUUAUGAGUUAUUUCAGGAGUUCUGCUAUCUGAACUCCGAUAUAGAGUAUUUCUAAGUUUUUUUUCUUUUUUGCGAUAGACACGACCGAUUGAGAAAUAAUAACAAUAUUCACAAGAACUCACACACAUACGAAUUUUGAAUACUGAAUUUGUAAUAUUGUUUCAGGAUUUCCUAAAAUUCCUAGAUAUACACUUUGAGAUCUCUGAGAUCCCAGUAAAAUUUCGAUCUUUAUUGAUAGAAUUAGUAAAUAGAGGGGUUAUGUUUUUUUAGUAUUUAUUAUGAAUUUAGACUACUUUUGAGUAGUGCUCGGAAAAACAAAUGGGUAACAAGACAAUCGUCCGCUCGCGAUUAGUUUAUUUAUGAUUAAUUAAAAAAUUAAUCAGUAAUUUUCUCGAACAUUAAUGAAAAGCGUAAAUCCCUCAGAUUCCUGUGUGGUAACCACAUAUAUAAAAAAUAAAUGUGUAUAGCUAGGAUUAAUUCUAAAAAUAUUAAAACUGAUAAUAUCAUUUUCUGAAACUAAAGACAAUAUUCCAUGAUUCAUAGAUUUUAGAUUUUUGUAUAAAACUUCAAACCUCUUACAUGUAAGCAAAUCUUUUCGGUCGUGUCUAAUAUACGUAAUAUAUGUAAUAUAUGAAGAAAUUUAGCUAUAUUUUAGAAAAUAUUUAAUAGGAAAGCCUUCAACUCACGAUCAUUAUAUAUGGUUAUUUAAACUUUACAUUCCAAUCGGGUCUGAGCUUGUAAGUAUUAUUUUGAAAAUAGACUACUACAUUCCAGAGUA